AUGAAGCUACUCACAGCAGUCUUUUUCCAAGCUCUAAUUGCCAGCAUCCAACAUGCCAGCUGCCAGCUCUCUGAAGAAAGCUGCACGAACCUCUCCAAUCAGCUGCUCCGGCAGCUCAAAGCCCUGAGGAUUGCAUUUGCUGAAAUUAAGGAUUAUUUUCAAGCCAAAGAUGAUGAACUUGACAUCUUGUUGCUAAAGGAUGAUUUACUGGAAGAUUUCAAGGGCUAUUUGGGCUGCCAAUCUGUGUCAGACACGAUCCGGUUUUACCUGGAGGAAGUCUUACCAAAAGCAAUCAACAGCAGCAAAGACGUCAAGCGGAACGUGGGCACUAUUGGCAACAUGCUGCUGGACCUCAGGAAGACACUGAAGCGUUUUGUGAGUAUCGGCGCCUCCUUUCGCAGUUCCUUGCCAAGAUCCCAGAGAGCUGGAGUCAAUACACGUAUCCCAGGCAAAGCUGCAGCGUGA